UGCCAAAACCCUGGUGACUGGGCCCUGGAUGCACAGGGCUGGGGGCAGACAUUCACACGGACCGACCUGCCGGGCACAGGUUUGGCAGCAGUGAAAAAACAAGUGGGUGACUGCAGAGCGCUGGCAGAUACGAGACCUGGGUUCUGUUUGUGUCUGAGCCUUUCUGGCUCUUCUGGCCUUGCUCCGGGCUGACACACAAGAAGCCUGGCAGCCUGGCUACCUCUGCUGGGGACACAGUGAUGGAGAAGCUGGGUCCUGAUCCUUCUCGCGAAAGUUCUGGAAGAGCAUAGAGGCCUUUCCCCUCACCCCACACCCCCCUUCCGCAGUGCUUCCCCUGGAGAGGCAGCUGCAGGAGGCUGCGCGUCGGGGCCAGGUUGGGAGGAUGAAGGAGCUGAUCGCCAGGAAGGUGAAUGUCAGGGCCAAAAAUCAUCUGACAAGCACAGAGGCCAGAAGAAGGUUGGCUUCCUCCCGGGUCACCCAGAUGUCGCCAGGGCCAGUGGCUGUGAUGAGUGAGGAGAGGGACUGAAGACAGAGUGGCAGUGGGCAGAGUGGCACUGCACUGGGCCGCGGGUGCAGGGCACGAGCAGGCCGUGCAGCUGCUGCUGGAGCACGGGGCUGCCAUGGAUGAUGCGGAUGCGUUUGGGAUGAACGCGCUUCUCCUGUCUGCCUGGUUCGGCCACUUGCGGGUCCUCCAGAUCCUGGUCAGCUCUGGGGCCAAGGUCCACUGUGAGAACACGGACGGCCUGGCCUUAUUGCACUGCGCAGCCCUGAGAGGUCACGUGCCCGUGCUGGCGUUCGUGAUGGAGGACCUGGAGGACGUGGGCCUGGACCGCAGAGACAAGCUGGGCAGGACAGCGUUUCACAGGGCCGCUGAACACGGGCAGCUGGAGGCUCUGGACUUCCUCGUGGGCUCGGGCUGUGACCACAGUGUCAAAGACAAGGAGGGGAACACGGCGCUCCACUUGGCUGCUGGCCAGGGCCACACUGCUGUGCUUCAGCGACUCCUCGACAUCGGGCUGGAGUUGGAGGAGCGGAAUGCCGAAGGCCUCACGGCCCUCCAUGUGGCUGCGCAAGGAAUCCACCUGGACUGUGUGCAGCGCCUGCUCGGGGCCGGAAGCCCUGUGAAUGCCCUCACGCAGAAAAGACUGAGCUGCCUGCACUACGCAGCCCUGGGUGGCUCUGAGGACGUGUGCCGGGCCCUCCUCCGUGCAGGAGCCCAUACUAAUGUGGCUGAUGAUCGGGGCACCUCUCCCCUCCACCUCGCCGUGAGGCACAACUUCCCUGCCCUGGUCCAGCUCCUCAUCGAUGCCCACAGUGACUUGGACGCCAUCGACUAUAGGCAGCAGACGCCCCUCCACCUGGCCGCGGAGCACGCCUGGCAGGAUGUGGCAGAGAUGCUCCUCUUCGCGGGGGCUGACCUCACCCUGCGAGAUAAGCAAGGGAAGACUGCCCUGGAAGUGGCUGCCCGCAGCAACCACAUCACCCUGGCAGACAUGAUCAUCAAAGCCGAUCGCCUCUACAGACGGGAGAAGGGUUCCCUGCGACCACCAGGCGGCAAGAGCUUGACCUUCAGGCAGGACCAUCGGCCGGAAACGCAGCAGCUGCGCUCCGUGCUGUGGCGCCUGGCGUCCAGGCACCUGCGGCCUCACGAGUGGAAGAAGCUGGCAUUCAACUGGGAGUUCACUGAGGCCCAUGUCUCUGCCAUCGGGCAGCAGUGGACAGGCACCAGGAGCUACCAGGAGCACGGCCACCGGAUGCUGCUCAUCUGGCUGCAUGGUGUGACCCUGGCUGGCGAAAACCCCAGCAAGGCGCUGUUUGAGGGCCUGGUGGCCAUUGGCAGGAGGGACCUGGCUGAAAGCAUAAGAAAGAAAGUAAACGCUGCACCAAGGGUGCCCAGGGGCUGCACGGCCAUGUGAGUGUGGGGCCUCGACAGGUGGCACCAGAGCGGGUCGCCUGCACAGCUACCGCCGCCACUGGAGGGCUUUGAAGAAGAUCACCAGGACAGGCCUCCGGCUGCUUCUGCUGACUGCGGUCACACAGAGACCAGCAGGCGAACAUUUACCCUCUUUCUCAAGAGGGCUGUCCCGAUCUCGGCCACUCGCUUUCCACCACAGCUGUUUGUCCUUCCAGCUGUAUUUGUACCCCCGGGACAGUUCCAGAAGGCAUGGGCUCUCAUUUUCCACUGCUCUUGUUUUGUAAUUCAAGCAAAUAUUUUAAGCCUUUUAACAUGAAAUCAUCUCAGACGUACAGAAAUGUUGCAGAAACAGUACACUGGUUGAUCCAGGUUU